AUGGCUACCCACUACAGUUGCACCGAAUUCCGGGCCCCUCGCCCGGCAAUGGAUAGAAAAUCCGUAUCAACAUUAGAAGAGUAUCUCAACCCCUCAGCUAUCCCCGAAGUGAGAGAAGCCCUGCGACAAGAAUCGUUACAACAUAACUUGGAAAAAUAUCGAGAACAGCUAUGCAAUAUCUGGACCCAUCCCAGAACCAACCAUCUCAAGUUCAGCAUGUGGCGACCAGCCGAUCAAAUGCUCGGAUUGACACACCACGCCGAGAGAGAAAGUCGUCCAUUUGGUGAGGAAUACCGCUUUCUCAAUAAAGCUACAGUUUUCUACUGGGCCGCAUCGGCAAAACAAUUCCGAGGAACAAUCAUUUUGGGCGGCAUCUGGCACACAUGGUUUGCCGCCACGGGACAAGAACCCGACUUUCUACUCGAUCCCUUUUUCGCGACUCCUAUUUUCAUCGAUCCAAAAACCGCAGAAACUGUCCCGGAAAUCGUACAGGCCCAUCAGAAUAUCUAUGCUGGACUUCACGGCAUGCAAGAGAGAUUGAGAACCGGGCAUCCGGGGCACAGAUUCAAGUCGGAUCCACGGCACUUCAGAGUCCUUCCCCUUUGUGGUGCGCUGAUUGCGGUUUUUGACGAGUAUAAAUGGGUUGUUGUUGAGAAACGGGAUGACGGGUUCCGUCAUUGUGAAGAACUUGUUGAGAAGCAGAGCAUUCUCCUUGUUCGAACAGGAAGAGAGGAGGAAUUGAGCGCGCCAAUUUCUUUCGAGUCUCUCAAGCCAUAUGUUCUGCCCCUGUCAAGGAACGAGGACAUGGGAAGUCUCGAUGUUGUUCGGGUUCCGCUACUCGUGGGUGUCCGAUUUGUUGCUGACCUCCUGCUUCGCGAAGAGAAAAAUCGUAUUCCGUUCGUAGGGCAGAACCAGGCAAACUCGAAUGCACUUCCAGAGCUCGAUCUAUUAACUGGAGCGAGGGAAUGGAGCUACCGUGCCUGGGAGUCAUUCCGCAUGGGAAGCAUAGUCAGGCAUGGCUUGGCUGAUGCAACUGCGGACGAGGUUAAGAGGAAGUUGCGUCUGACUGCUGAAGACCUGAGCGAGGAAGGAAAAAUUCCGAUGCACUUUGAUAUGGGUUGGUACUAA